AGUUUCCGGCGGAAGUUAUUCUGUGUAGCUGCUGCUAGCUUCCUGCCGACCUGUAUGGUGCAAACAGAGGUUCCGAAAGUGGACAGAGCGGACGGAUUCCGCAUUUCCCUUUAACCGACUAAAAUGGGAUCUGAGAGGACGUAACGGAACCUGAAGGAUCCGCCGGGCUAAAGCCAGUUUUCACCAUGCUCUCUCGACCACUUACAAUAAAAGAGAGUGACGGCAGGGGCCAAGACCUAGUGGUGAUGUCUCUGCCCCAUGUUCUCCCAUUGGCUGAUGAGGAUGAGGACACACAAACAGCUCCUACACCUCCUUCAGUUCCAGUAGCCACUCAUCCUCCUCCUCCUUGUUCAGCUCCUCCUUUUGUACAUUUAGCUAGCCCCCUUCCUCCUUCAACUCAUCCUCUUCCUCCUCCAGCUUCUUCUUUAUCUCCUUUAGCUCCUCUUCCUCCUCCUCCCUGUUGCCCCUGUGCGUCUCUCCUGCCUCGACUCCUCUCAAGCCACCGGAUGGAGGUACGACGCCUCCUGCGGGGAGCUCUAGCAUCUCUUGGCCGUCGUCUGAAUUCUCUGGAGAGGAGGAGCAGAAAAACAAGGAGGAAGAAGAAGAACAGCCGGAAACAAAAAGAAGGAGCAUCAUGUUUGACUGGGCCAUCUGUCAUUGCGUCCAGCUCCACUUCCUCUUUUUCCUGUAGCACCCCGCCUCUGCCACUUGUAACCAUAUCCUCUUCAUCAUCAGUAUCAUCAUCAUCCGACAGUGAGGAGUCGUCCUCGUCUCCUUUUUCUUCUAGUUCCAUCCAAUCACAAAAGAGGAGGAGGAGGAGAGGAGAAGAAGAGACAGUGAGCAGGAGGAAGAAGAGGAGGAAGAACCAUCAAGGAGAGUUCAGUGUUUGUCCAGAAAAGAAAGAAGAGAAGGUGGAGGGAGAGGCAGACAGGCGCUUUGUGGGGCAGAUGGCUGUCUGCGUUAGAGGAGGAGGUGACAAAGAGAAGGAGGAGCCGCUCACACUGUAUAACUUCAGCCAAGGGAAGAACAGAAGACCAGAGACUGGAGGCUCCAGCCAGUCAGAGAGGGCCAUCAAUGUGUUUGUUAGGAAGAACGGUUACAGAGUGCCGCUGCUGCAACACAGCUUGUCCUCCCAGCAUGCCUUGUAUAUCCUCCAGUCAGCUGAGAGUCUGACCAGCAGCCAAUCAGAACUCUUCACUGUCCCUUCUGGCAAGUGGCGUUUUUCAGGCUUCACACAGCCCCUUGCCCCAUCCUCCAAUCGCACUGCUUUCCACCUGAGGGUUUGCUCCGCCUCUUAUUCUGUUAGCCCAGUCCCCCUGCUUCACCUCCCAGCAGCUGCCAUGGAAAUGAUGUUGGAUUCAGUGAGGGGUGGAGCUUGUUGUAGUCCACUGCGGUCCCUGAAGGACUGGACAGCCCCACCCAGCCUGAGCAGCGACCACUGUUAUGUUCAAACGCUAAUAUUGAGUCCAGCUUUUUCUGCCUGGCGACAGCAGAAGCAGCGGUCCAAUCACAGCACUCGGAGCCUCUACCUACCCCGGCGACGACCCCGGCCCCUCCCUGCCUGCUCAGCCAAUGGAUUGCCUGCUUCACUCCCAGCUGGCCAAUCAGCAGUCAGCUCGGAGUUUCUUAGCACAAAUGGAGAGCAGCAUGGUAAACGGGUCUCACAGAUCAGAAUCCGCCGUGCGCCACCGCGCGAAAUGCUGCUUACACCAAUGGGACUACCAAAGGUCAAAAGAAUAAAGAAGAAAGAGUUCAGUCUAGAGGAGAUUUACACCAACAAGAACUACAGAUCCCCUGCUAACAACAGAAGUCUGGAAACUAUCUUUGAGGAGCCUCGGGAGAAGGAUGGAGCACUGCUCCUAAUUGGCCAGCAGAAGAGGCGCAGGCUCCUCCUUUUUCCUGAUUUCACGCAGCCCAGAAAGAGGAAGAGACCACAAGCGGCAGGACUUCCUGCUGCUAUGGUACCGAGGAAAAGGGCAGCUGCUCGGCGACAUUGCCACAGCAACGGUGGCGAGGACAUGGACUUGGACGUGAUGCUGGUGGAGCGACUGAGUGCGCUCGAAGACUUCCUGACUCGGCAGGGUCUGGAAGUAUGAGCUCUGACAUCACUUAUCAGCUAACAAAAGGCCAAAAAAACUGAGCUGCUACUGUGCCCACUGACUGAGUGUCACCAUAGUAAUGCCAUCAGGCGAUGUGGUGGGCGGGCUUUUUUGGAUUUCUUUUUUUUGUUACAAUGAAGAUGUGAAACAUGAACCUGCUUUGAACUUUUUAUAGUGUGUAAGGCCAUGCCCCUGCUGCUGACCAUACCCUCUAUAGGCUCACCUGAGAAAAUAUGACAAAACGUCCUUUGAGCCUUUUUAAGAGGGCGGGGCUUAUUAUAGACACUAAGCUGCUGAUUGGAUAAGACUUGUGACUUGGACUGUGAAACCUAACUCCUUUUUUUUUUUUUUUCCAAGUUUUUGUUUUUGAUAAUAUUAAAGAUGACCCCCUCUCCUCCCCCACCCUCAGUACUCUAUGGUACGGGGUAGAGUUGUGUGCAGUACUGUGUGUACUGCAGGCCUGCGGUGUGUAUGUUGUGUGCUGAGUCUAUUUUUGAAUCAAUAAAGUUUUUUUGGUCUCAGAA